CAUUCAAGAAAUAUUUAUGGGAUUAUUAGUUUGUAAUAAUGGAGAUAUUCUAUUAGAUUUUGAAAUAAUUUUCAAGUUACGAGUAUUUAUAUAAAUUUAAUUUAUAUUAAUAAACAGCAUAAUUUAUUUUAAAGUGCAGUAAAUAGUAGCGUAAUUUCUAAUGAAUGGCAUUGAAAUGGAUAUCGAUGGGACCACGGAGAUUAAGAGACACAACAGCUUCACCAUUCCAACUAAGAGAGCACCAAUAUCUAAAAGAAAAGGAAGAGAACGCUGCCACAGUUAUCAUAGUGAUGGCAAAGUAGAAGCCCCAAAAAUGUCGUUUAGAGUGGUUCGUAGUUCAAAGUUCCGCCACGUUUACGGGCAAGCCCUGAAAAGGGAGCAGUGCUAUGAUAACGUCCGAGUGUCCAAGAGUUCGUGGGACUCGACGUUCUGUGCAGUGAACCCCAAGUUUCUGGCUAUCAUCGUCGAGUCGGCCGGCGGCGGCGCCUUCAUAGUUCUUCCCCAUAACAAGGUGGGGCGCAUCCCAGCGGACCACCCGCUGGUGGGCGGACACAAGGGGCCGGUGCUGGACAUCGCGUGGUGCCCGCACAACGACAACGUCAUCGCCAGCGGCUCCGAGGACUGCGUCGUCAAGGUGUGGCAGAUCCCGGACGGCGGGCUGUCGCGCACGCUGACGGAGCCGGUGGUGGACCUGGUGUACCACCAGCGGCGCGUGGGGCUGGUGCUAUGGCACCCCACCGCGCAGAACGUGCUGCUCACGGCCGGCUCCGACAACCAGAUAGCGAUAUGGAACGUGGGUACGGGGGAGGUGCUCAUCAGCCUCGACUGCCACCCGGACCUCAUCUACUCGGCCUGCUGGAACUGGACCGGCUCCAAACUGCUCACCACUUGCCGGGAUAAGAAGAUCAGGAUCAUCGACCCGCGCAAGGGCGAGGUGGAGUCGGAGGCCAUCGCGCACGAGGGCAGCAAGGCGUCGCGCGCCAUCUUCCUCAAGCACGGGCUCGUCUUCACCACCGGAUUCAGCCGCAUGUCGGAGCGGCAGUACUCGCUGCGCACUCCCGACGAGCUGAACGAGCCCAUCGUGACGGUGGAGAUCGACACCAGCAACGGAGUGAUGUUCCCGCUCUACGACCCCGACACCAACCUCAUCUACCUCUGCGGGAAGGGCGACUCCGUCAUACGGUACUUUGAGGUGACUCCAGAGCCUCCCUUCGUGCACUAUAUCAACACGUUCCAAACGCCCGACCCGCAAAGAGGUAUCGGCAUGAUGCCGAAGCGCGGCUGCGACGUAGCCACGUGCGAGAUCGCCAAGUUCUACCGGCUCAACAACUCCGGCCUCUGCCAGGUGGUGUCGAUGACGGUGCCGCGCAAGUCGGAGCUGUUCCAGGAGGACCUGUACCCCGACACACUGAGCGACGAAGCGUCGCUGACGGCCGACGAGUGGCUGGCGGGCGAGGACGCCGAGCCCUGCACCAUGUCGCUGAAGGAGCGCGCGCUCGUUGUGCAGGGCGGCUACGUGUCGGGCCGCGCCACGCAGCUCACCGUCACCAAGCGCAACGCGCUUGCCACGCCGCGCGACCGCGAGCGCGACCGCGAGCGCGACAAGGACGAGCGCUCGCCCACGCCCGCCGCGCGCGACAGCCAGGCGCCCACGCCCGCCGCCGCCACGCCGCCGCCCGCCUUCAGCGCCAUGGUGGAAAAGCAAAUGUCCGACCUGGUGGAGGAGAUCCGGAAGCUGAAGUCCGUCAUCGUGAAGCAGGAGAACCGCAUCCGCGCACUCGAGGCCACGGUGAAGGCGGGGCUGGCGCCCGCGCCCGCGCCCGCGCCCGCUCCGUCGCCCGCGCCCGCGCCCUCGCCCGCGCCCGCCGCCUCGCCGUCGCCCGUGGCGCCGUCGCCGCCCGCCGAGCACAACCACGACGACGACAUGGCGCCCGACGAGGUGUGAGCCGCUCGACCGCCCCACUCGCACGCCGCGAUCUGCUCGACUGAUCCACUCGCUCGCGUGACCAGCCGCGUGGAUCAGUGCGAUUGUAAUACGAACGUUGUGAUAUAAACGUGCUUUUGUUAUUUAUUUGAUCAAAAUUUCGAAAUAUUUCGAGAUAUUGGUACGUUGGCAGUAGCUACAACGUCAGCGUGCGUUUGGUUCGAUCGACGCGACGGCGCGCGUCCACUCGACGGUCACGAUGUUGUAUUGUACGAUUUUUGUUUAAAAAUAAUAACCGAAGGGAUGAAUUUUGGAAAACCACUUUCUGUUGUCGCCGAGUCACAUUGAUUUUGCCGUGACUGUUUGACAGCUGAGUGUGUGUUUGACUUGUGUACUCAGUAACUGUCAAACACGGCGGGCCUGGGAUACAGUUGAUUAAAUAUUUACGAGGGUGAAAAUAUGACAGAGAAGACUAGCGGACGCCCGCAACUUCGUUAGCGUGAAAUUCAGUUUUACAUUAAUCCCUCGAGGACCAUGGAUUUUUUGGAUAAAAAGUAGUGUUAAUCCAGGGUAUUAUCUAUCUUAGUUUUAAAUUCCAGCUAAAUUGGUUCAGUAGUUGCGGCGUCAUAGAGUAAUAUCCAAACAAACACCCAUACAAACUGUCGCGUUUAUAAUAUUAGUAGGAUUGGUUGUAAUGAUAUGUACACGCUGCUUUAUGGUGCGGGCGACAUACAAAAGCUUUUGUCGGCGAAAAUCAUCCAAAUUAUGUUUUAACUGUAUAAAUAGUAAUUUUUUAUAGUAAAUGUAUUUUAGACAGUUAGCGCUGUUCGCAUGUACACGCCCUGCGACUGUCGCGGCGUACAGUGUAGUACGGCUGUAGCUCUAGUGGUGGCUCGAGCUGAGCUUCCAUUGGACUGAAAUAUUGUAGCGCUUCGACCGCUCGCUUGCUCAGUAGAAGCCAUGUCUUAAAAGCCUUGGCUGCAGAUAAAGAAAAAUAAAUUAAUAGUGUGCAGGCGUUCAUGCAGUCAGAAGUUUGUUUAGGGACUUAAAUGAAAUGAUAUAUGUAGUUAUGGUACCUAUAUGGUGGUUUAUUCAAAUACUAAAAAUGCUGCACAAAUGGUACGGCUCGCAACAUGAUUGUAUCUCCACCCCACAUACGGCAGCGUGCUACCGACGGCAGAACAACGUUGAAGUGGAAAUUACUAUUUGUAUGUAUAACUUGUAAAUAUAAAUAUAUCGUAGCGAGUGAUAACAGUGCCUUAUAUACGACACAGGAACUUGUCUCAAAUCAGAUAUAUUGUAAUUGGUGACGCGCGGCAACGUGCAGACAGACAAUAAAUAUGUAUCUGCUAUUGCGUGUGUAUAUUAAUAAAAAAAACACUGAAAUAAUAUGAAAUACUAGCGGACGCCCGCGACUUCGUCCGCGUAAAAAUUGAUGUAAACUUCUCUACCUCUACCUUACCCUGCUCGUAAACCUAUCCAACCCUACCCUACCCUACCCCUACCUUACUCCUACCCUACCGCUAACGCUAACCCUACCCUCCCCCCACCUUACCCCUACCCUAACCCUACCCGUUACCUAUCCAUACCCUAUCCUACCCUACCCCUAAUCUACCCCUACCCUACCCCUAUCUUACCCCUACCCUAACCCUACCCUACCCGUACCCUACCCCUACCCUACCCCUAUCCUACUCCUCCCCUACCCUAUACGUUCCAUAUCCUUCCCCUACCUCUACCUUGCCCCUACCCUACACUACCCCUACCUUAUCCGUACCCUACCCUACCCUACCCUACGUUACACUUUCCCUAAAUUACCCCUACCCUACCUCUAUCCUACCCCUUCCAUACCCCUAUCCUAUCGCUACCCUCAGCAAAAUUGGUCCAGCCUUUUGUGCGUGGUGCAAUGACCAAAAGACUAUAAUUUCCCAAGCGACUUCUAUGCUAAUACUAUAAAGAGGUAAAGUUUGUGUGGUUGUCGGGGGUAAUCUCUGGAUCUACUGGACCGAUUUAGAAAAUUCUUUUACCAAUAGAAAGCUACAUUAUUUGCGAGUGUCAUAGGCUAUGUUUGGUCCUCAUAUUCAUACGGGAACGGGAACCACGUAAUUGAAACCGCGGGGCGUCAUAUAGCGGCAUUUCUGCGACUUUUAGAAAUGUUGUAUUAUCUCCGAAACUAUAUAACUAAUUAACAUACUGUAAAGGGCAAAUCUUAUCUCUAUAAUAUCCUUGUGAUUAUUAAAUAAUUUAUUUUGAUAAGGAUUUAAGUUUAGUUGUGUAAAUAAUGACGUAAACCUUAAUUUAAAAUUUAAAUAAUUUAUUAAAGUACUAAAGGUACUAUAUCUGCUAAAAUAUAAAAGAUAGAUAUAUGGUGUCGCGGACUUUUUUGUAGAACUUUUAAAGGUUCAAAAAGCCUCCAUAUAUUUAUUUCAGUUAUACGCAAUGGUUAAGGCAGCGCAUGCGAAUAAGUAAGUUUUUCGGUCCGACCUGUAAGAGAAAACCCGCGAUAACUCAGUAGUUAUAUAUGAUAGAAAUAUAAAAUAUAGCCUAUAGCACUCCCCGAUAACGUAGCAUUCUACUGGCGAAAGAAUUUUUAAAAUCGGACCAGUAGUUCCGAAGAUUACCCCAUUUCAAAAAAUUGUUACAAACUUACAAACUUACAAACUUACAAACUUUACCUCUUUAUAAUAUUAGUAUAGAUGAAGAUAAAGUUAUGUUUUCAAGGAGGGUUUUUUAAAAAAACGUUUAUAAUAUUAUGAACUUCAUAAUAUGAGUCGGUAUUUAUUUGUUGUCUGCGCCUUGUCUUUGUAAGUUUUGCAUUUAGUCAUAAUUAUUAAUUAUUAUACUUCGAGAUAUUUUUCAUUUUAUUUGUUGUUUGUAUUUUUUCUGCUAUGUGCGUGCACACUUAUAAUUUUAAUGCAAACAAAGAUGCGUAUUUUCUUUGAUUAUAAGAUGAUAAUUGUGCAGGCUCAAUUUAUUACUUAUUGAUUAUGAAUUAUGAAUAAUUGCUUAUAGCUUUUAAUAAUAAUAAUUAGUGAAGCAAUAUUAUAAUGUAAAAUAAUUAUUUAUUCGACUACGUAUUGUACGUGUUUUGUAAUGCGACUCCUCUGCAAAUAUGAAACAAGAUGGCGUCCAUAUAUGUUCUUCUACUGUUAUUGUGUUACUUUUUGAAUGAUUUCGAAUAUCUUGUACUGCUACGAUUGGGUCACAAAGUCUGCUUGUUUCGUAUUUGCUGGUGGUUAUUUGUGUAGGCAAUGCAGGAAGUCAUCAUUUCAUCGCUAUUUAUUACGAAGUAACAGUCAUUUUAAUUGUAGUUCAUUGUUAAUAUUGUCCACAUUUUUUUAAAAUACGUAUUGUAAUGUGUACAUACAGCUGAUCGCACAUCUACACGUGCGCCGAGCGCCGGCCGAAUGCGUCGCAUACUAUGACCUCAAAUUAGGAAUACUGUUAUACUGACUACAGAUUUAUGUGUGUAAAAUUCUAUGAUAAAUCAUACACACCUUAGAACCUUAUAUUCGUCUCAGAUAAUACUCUUGUGGUCAUUCACACCCGCAAUCUAUAAGCAAGUUGCGUAGUUACUAACAUCGUUAUUUUAGCAAAGACCAAAAAGUAUAUUUGUUUGGUAUUUUUUUUAUAAUAAGCAAUUAUUAACAUGGUCUUUUUUAUUAUUCUCAUUUAUUAAUUAUGCUUUUUUUUAGUUUUAACAAUGUUAAUAUGAAAAUAAAAUACAAAACACUACUAAAAAUUUAUAAAAAAUAUCAACCCUCCCGCUGGGGACAUUUGAGUGCCCAAGCAACCGGUGGUCAGGGCUCCAGAGUGAGGAACCUCCUCACAAUAUGUGCCGUCUCAAGAAUCACUGCCUUCUGUAUCCGACUCUUGAUCCAACAGUUAGAUGAAAGCUUCUUUAGGUGUUGGUCGAAGUUUUUCGCUAUAAGACCAUGACAUGGUCCUGAUUGUUAUAUUUUACAUAUUGUUAAAUAUAACAAUAUGUAAAAUGAUAAAUAAAACAAAAAAUAAACUCGGUCUCCCUAUCACUCACUCGACAAAAGGCUACGCCCAAACUGGGUAUCCAUAACUUGCAUUAUGUAAUAAAAUGUAACUUGUUUAAUUAUUAUUAUAUUGUAUAAUGUAAUGUAUGGUAUUGCUUCAUUAUUAAAUGAAUAAAUAAAUAAACAAUCAGGACCUUAUAUAUAUUACAUAUAAAUAUACCAAACGUCAUAAAACAUAAAGUCAGUACAAACAUAAUUGAAAAUGGAAAAGUAGGAUAUGUGAUGUUAGAAUUAUGUAAUUGCGGCGCGUGCGGCGCGCGGUGCGUGUGUGUGUGCGCUCAGCUCUAGUUGUAAGAGUCCAGUAUUGUGGUGCUUUUUAAUUAUUCGAGUUUAGCUUUCCAUUAACUAUUGUUUGAUUGACUCGAAACAUACUCGUACUAUGACUAUGAUUUACCUUCCUAGUGUUAAACUUGCUGCGUACUAACUCGGAGACUUGUAAUUGCACGGAGACGGAGGUACGCUAUCGAAACGUGUUACUAUACUGUAGUAAGUGCUUAUAUAAAUGAUUUGGUUUAAAUGUGUGUGUAUUUUGUUUUACUCAGCUAGCAUUGAACCUUGUUACAUGUAUAGUAGCAUUGUUUAAUAAAGAACGACCGUAUAUUUCAUGCAAUUAUAAAUCGAUUAAUAUAAAUAUAUUAUUUCUUACUCACCCCAAUUAAUUAUAGUGAUGUCCCGCUCGCAUUUCGCAAUAUUUUUUUUCAAUUUCGUGUGUUAUUAUAAUUUUGUCGUCGAAUUUUUCAAUGUAAUACCGGUCACAUUUCAUUAGUUUCUCGUGUAAAGGUGCUGAUAGACUUGAACAUUUUAGCAUGCAUUCUAUUGAGAGUUCUGGCGAGCAUUCUAGCGAGCAAAUUUUCUCUCAGAUUCUCAAGAUGUUGGUAGCAAUAUUUGGCUCUAUGCUUGGCUCGGCUCGUUGUUCAAUUCGACAAAUAUAAAUACGGCGAAUGCUCGAUGUUCUGUUACAAGUGAAUGCUCAAGUCUGUCAGCACCUUAAAACACAGCUACGAUCGGCGCGCGGCUGCCGCAGUAGCGGCUUCGUCGCGCACCGCUCGAUGAGUGUGACAGCUAGUCACGUCACAUGAAAUUAACAUUUGACAGUCGCCCGAGCAUCGAACUCGCGCCCCUCGGUCGGCGGGGGCGCCACUCGCACUCAUUUUAUAAUUCAAAUAUGUUUUCUGACAACUAUACAUACAACCUUUAUGAAUUGUUGUUAUUUAUUUUAAAUUUAAUAGAAAAAAAUCAUAAAGAAAAUAACUAACAAAUUCAAGAUGACAUGGAGAAAAAAAACAAUUUUAUAGAGGUCCAAUUAAAAACAAUAUCUGACAAAUAACUUUCGUAAAAACUAAAAUAACUUUACGGAACAUUGCCAAUUUUAUUGUUCGAGGACGUGAAUCAAAUGCAGUUUUUAAUAAACAUGACAAAUAGGUAACCCGUAGAGUGCGCGCACGAUAAGUUGCACGUGAUCAAAAUCGGAACUAAUCAAAAGUGCUGCCAUCUUGUCGUCUUAUCUCUACCUAUUUCUUGGCGGGUAAAAGAGACCACAAACUCUGGCAAGCGAGUCGUUGCGGGGCGCUGUCACAUUGUGCUGUCUGUACAGACGGCGAGUAUCAUACUUUAUAUGGAUAGUAUUAUUUGUACGAUUUUCAUUUCUUUUUUUCUUGUAAUCUUAAGAUGGCGUAAUUUUAGAUGUUCAUAUUUGAAGACCAUGACACGGCGCGCGUCGAGUUAUAUUGUGUAAAUUAUAUUUCUUUUGUAUUUUGUAUGUGGAUCUUUGGUUUUGUAUUAUUUUGUCUUUAGAGUUUUUAUGUCUAACCUUGUACAUGUCGAACGCAGGAUUGUCGAGCUAACGUGUUCGUAUUGUUGCAAACGUCACCGUCACCGGCGGCGGUAGCGGGGGCUGCCCUUUGUACACUUUGUAAGGAACCCCUGCUCAGUAAUCGAAUUAGCGAAAAAAAGAUAUUUUAAAAAGUUUUCCAAUCAAAAAUAAUACAAAUAAAUAUAAAGCGGGAGCCACGCCACAAAACGCUGCUGCCGACCUCUUUUCUGUAGUUUUCACACAUUUUAUAUGGAGUAGGCGGUGACACUUAUUACCUAAUUAUUUAAAAAUAGUAAUGUGUCUGUCCGUCGGUGCGCGGGCGAUGGGCUAGUGUCGUGUAGUAGCUCGGUGAACAGCGCGGUGCCCGACGGUGGAAAUAGUAAAGUAAUAGCGCACAAGCUUCAGCCGACACGAGGUAUUGUACGUUCAUUAGUGCCGUCAUGUCGUGAUCACUUUUAAACUUUAUAUUUUAAUUAAUUACUAUUAUUUUUCUUAGUAUUAUUAUUUAAAUUUUAUGUCAAUUUCAAAGUAUUCAAUUAUUUUUGUGAAUAAAUUAUAAAUGUUAGCAGUAUAUUGUAACUGUAUUAUAUGCAUUGCUGAAUUUACCAUUCUAUGAUAUACCUACAGUCUACAGUGGACGGUGCUAAGAGGAAACCAAGUGCUAAAUAAUUAUACCCGUAUUCCUAUAUACCGCAUGAGUUUGUAACAUAUUGUAGUCUAAUUAAAUAUAAAUUUUAUAAAUUUGACAAUAAAUAAAAACGAACUUUUUGAGAUUGGGAUUUUAUACGAACGAUACAAUAUAGGUAGUGUUAAGGAAAUGUUAAAUUCGAUGUCAAAUGUUGCGAUUAUGAAAGUUGAACAGAAAAUAAAUGUCUAUUUUACUAUUUUCA